GUUGGUUAAUUACUCUAACUAGUUGACAAAAAAAAAUCACUUAACUAUUCGCCUAAUCUCGCAAAUCCAGAAACCAACUCGUAAUCACUUUUCCCCGUCUAGAUUCGUACUGUGCAAGUGAGCUUCAAACAGACAAGAAGAAAAAGACGAGAGGACGAAUCCAGAAAGAGAGAGAGAGAGAGAGAGCUUCUUGUAUUCUUCUUGUUAAAUUCUUUGCGCAUGAAGAUUUUCUGUUUUCUCAGUCAAAGUCUCAUAUCCAAAUAAUGUCUGGAUCUGAAUUUUGAAUCGGCGGUUUCGAAUCUCUGGGGAAAACGAAGCGUGUAGGUCAGGAAAACACAAAAGUGCUGCUACGAUUAAGUUUAAGGGAAUCGACUCUUUCGAAAUCGCCAUUUGUGAAACGCUGAAAUUUUGAAAUCGCGAUGGAGUCACGGAUGGAUCAGUACGAGAUCAUGGAGCAGAUCGGCCGUGGUGCGUUUGGCGCCGCCAUUCUAGUUCAUCACAAGGCUGAGAAGAAGAAGUAUGUUCUUAAGAAGAUUAGAUUAGCUCGGCAAACAGAACGUUGUCGGAGAUCUGCUCAUCAAGAGAUGGCUUUAAUUGCGAGGGUUCAGCAUCCUUACAUCGUGGAGUUUAAAGAAGCUUGGGUUGAGAAAGGUUGCUAUGUUUGUAUUGUCACUGGAUACUGUGAAGGAGGAGACAUGGCUGAGUUGAUGAAAAAGUCAAACGGUGUGUAUUUUCCUGAGGAGAAACUGUGCAAGUGGUUUACUCAAUUGUUGUUAGCUGUUGAGUAUCUUCAUUCUAACUAUGUUCUACACCGUGAUCUAAAGUGUUCCAACAUUUUCCUUACAAAAGAUGAUGUCAGACUUGGGGACUUUGGUUUGGCCAAAACUUUGAAGGCCGAUGACCUAACUUCCUCGGUUGUUGGAACUCCAAACUACAUGUGCCCGGAACUGCUUGCGGAUAUCCCUUAUGGUUUUAAAUCAGAUAUCUGGUCUCUAGGCUGUUGUAUAUAUGAGAUGGCUGCGUAUCGGCCUGCUUUCAAAGCUUUUGAUAUGGCAGGGCUUAUCAGCAAGGUUAAUCGCUCCUCAAUUGGUCCGUUGCCUUCGUGCUAUUCACCAUCUUUGAAGAACCCUGAGUAUCGGCCAAGCGCCUCGGAGAUUUUGAAGCAUCCUUAUUUGCAGCCGUACGUUGAGCAGUACCGUCCAGCGAUUUCCUCAGCGUCGAUUACUCCGGAAAAGCCACUCAACUCUCGUGAAGGUCGUAGGAGUAUGGCUGAAAGUCAAAACAGCAAUAGCUCAAGCGAAAGAGGAGAUAACUUCUACGUGAGUGACAACAAACAUAACAAUCGACCUGUGGUACCAAGUAAUGGUAAUAGUAAAGUCGCGGAGACAGAUUCAGUUUCUGUCGAUGAAGAAGACAUCCUUGAGAAUGAAAAUGUCCAUAGUGUUUUAGCAACGAAAACAGAUGGCCAUGGGAUUUUAAAGACCUCACAGAGUGAACAUCGACCAGAGAUUAUUCAACCGAGGCACCCGAAAACUAUCAGAAACAUCAUGAUGGUUUUGAAAGAAGAGAAAGCUAGAGAGAAUGGUUCACCCAUGAGAGCUAAUCGAGGGAGAACAACUUCUGGUGUUUCGACACAACAGAAGAAUCAUAUCGAAACUCCUUCAAAGAUUCCGAAACUCGGUGACAUUGCUCAUAGCUCCAAGACUAACCCAAGUACACCGUCAAAGCUAGCCUCUGAUUGCGCAAGAACUCAAGGAUCAAUACCACCGAAGCAUCACCAUCAAAUUCCACCGAUUGAAUCUUCACAAAAACUUAAGCCUAGAAACGAUAGAAUCCCCCUUGCACCUGCUACAAAACACGAAGUCGAAGAGGCGAUGUCGGCUAAGCGAAGGCAAAGAACGCCGCCUACAUUACCAAGAAGAACCUCUUUGACGGUGCAAUCAAGACAAUUAGGAGGAGAUACUCCAAACAUGGUGGCCUUAAAGUUAUAUCCAUCUCAACCGUCAGAGCAAGAAACUAAUCCUCCUCAACCUCGCGUCCAUGCUUCUUCCACUGCGAUUGCGCGGGAACCAAAGAGAACCUCCGUCGGAUCUUCGAAAGGGUUGCAGAGUGAAAGCAGCAACAACUCUAUCUCCUCUUCGUUGUCAAUGCAGGCGUUUGAGCUCUGUGAUGAUGCUGCUUCCACACCAUAUAUCGACAUGACAGAGCAUACUAUUCCUGAUGACCACAGGAGAUCAUCUCACAGCGAAUACUCGUCUUCGUUUCCAGAAACCUCUUCGGAGAUGAUGAUGAUCCGCAGAGAAGAACACGGCACCAGUAUGCGGCUUUUGGAAAUUCCCAAUGUUCAGCUACAAGAAAGCUCUCCUACUGCUCCUAAAGAUGGUUGUACUAGCCCUGCAAUAUUACAAAGCUAUGAGCCAAACACGUCGCAACGACAACACGGUGACGAUGAUAAAUUCAAAGUCAAAGCUUUUGUUUCCAAUGUUCCCGGAGCCGCCGCCGCAUCGCAUGCUGAACCUUCCCACUCAGAUAAUAAAACAGUCGUUGUCUCUCAGAACUCAGCUCGUGAGAAGAACAACAACAAUCCUUCCCAUCUUCACCCGGUUGUCGACGAUGUCAUCCAUGUUAUCCGCCACAGCAGUUUCCGAGUAGGGAGCGACCAGCCGGUCAUGGAAUGUGUUGAAGUCGGUGUACAGAACGUCGACGUUGGGAAACUCAUAAACGUUGUGAGAGAUGAGCUUGAAGUGAGGAAAACCGCCACUCCCUCUGAAUCAACCACCACGAUGAGAUCAGUCAUAUCAGAGCCUCCUCCCGAGACCCGUUCUGAAGAACCAGACCCGAUCACUAACUACUCUGAAACCAAGAGCUUUAACUCAUGCUCUGAUUCUUAUUCUUCACCAGCUGAGACCAGACAAAACUCAUUCGUGCCUGAAGAGGAAACAACUCCGGUUCCAGCUGUGAAAGAGACGUUGGACAUCAAGUCUUUCAGACAGAGAGCAGAGGCGCUUGAAGGUCUCUUGGAACUAUCUGCGGAUUUGCUGGAACAGAGCAGGCUCGAAGAGCUAGCCAUCGUGUUGCAGCCGUUUGGUAAGAACAAAGUUUCUCCCAGAGAAACCGCUAUUUGGUUAGCAAAGAGUUUAAAAGGAAUGAUGAUCGAAGACAUCAAUAAUAACAACAGUGGCAGCUCCAGGAAUUGUUCAUGAUUUCUUGAAAAGGUACGUUUGUAUCAUACCAGCAUUUUCAACCAAACUCUCGUCUCUUGUUACUUUUUUUUUCCCCUAUAACGUUUGGGCAAAAAGUGUUAAUUCUUCAUAUAAAAUAAAAAUCACUCCCAAAAAAGAAAAAUUAUAUGUUCAAAGAACACAUCCAUAUUCGAAAUUUUGAAAGUACAGCCACCAAUGUUAGGUGUGAUGUCUCCACUGUUGUAUAUAGAGACUAUAUGGGUUAUUCUUACUACAUUUUCAUUUAAAAUGAGAUUGGA